CAAUGUGAUUUUACCGUCAGAUGGGUUCUAAACGUCAUUUUGAUAUUUGUUGUUGUGAUAAUGAAAUAUCAGCGUAGAGUGAAUACAUCAUUUAAGCUGUUGUACUAGCUUGUUUUCAUUWUCUUACGGGUUUUUAAGAAAUUAAUCGUACAUCUCAACAGGUUCCAUCCAUUCGCCMGGGGAGGGUCUGCGGUUGCGCCAUGGAGAUUUGUAGUCGUCCUCGUUUUCGCUUUCUGAAGCAUCUUCUACAAUUAUGGUGAGGCGUCUUCGUUUUUGUUUCUGUGUCUUCGCUUUUCCUUUUCGUGGAUUKUGGCUGGUCUGAGAACUUCCAUUUUCCUUUCUGCUGCCAGUAUUUUUCACGAUCAACUUUUGUUUGAGUUCAGAAAAACAAUCGUCUUCCUGACCAUCGUAUGAUGACUCGUCGGACGAGGAUUCUUCGUCGCUGCUUUGAUCAUCCUCGCUGAGAUAGGCAGACGUUUCCGGUAUUUCUUUCGUUGCUUUCUUGUUGCGAGAUUUUUUCUGUGGUACCUCUUUUUUGUUUUGUUGCUUCUUGGAUUGUUGUGUUCUAGAAGAAGAGUUCUUCGCAUAGUAUAGUCUACCGUCUGGUCCUCGGACGAUAACGAAUUCUGGCUCAUCAUUGUUGUCGUCGUCUUCGUCUUCGCUGUCGCUUUCCUCGAUGUUAGGUUCAUUCUUCUCUUGCCAUUUUUGCCACCGUCGUCGUUGCCGCAAUUCCUCUUCUCUCAUCAGUUUUGCUCUUCUCUGGCGUUGGUAAAUUUCRCGCUCCUCUGCUUCUCGUCGGCGGCGAGCGUAAGCUUCUCGCUCUUCUUCGUCUCUUCUCAUCCGACGGUAGCGGUUGAUUGCUGCUUCCUCUGCUAUGGCCUGCUCGUAGGGAUCGAGAUGCCGCGAUGUGUGUCGACCGUACGGAUGCAGUGAUGCGUAUGGGUAAGAGUCACGUCGAUUGGUGUAGAACAUCAUUUUGCUCAUCAAAUUGACUCUAGUAGUACUGUGUUGUUGGCGUUGUUCGCUGUGUUGGUUUUUGUUUGGGUGAAGGUUCAAAUUGUGAGAAMAAGUUAAAGGAAACAAUUUGUGGGCACAAAGGCAGCAUCAAAUUUUGCACGAUUGGAAACGCCMCCACGAUUGGAAUUUUACCGCUAUGCCAUCUUCGUCGAUCUUCUCCGAUUUUCGAAGAGUUUUGAAGAUACGAAGGUACGUAAGGUACUGUACGUAACAUAGGUUUAGUUGAGUCGUGAGUAAGUUGAUCCCAUAAGAAAUCAGAAUGGAAAAAGUAACAAGACUGGUUCAGUCACGAUCAUGGAAGGUUGGUGGAGAGAUCCUACGGUACCGGUACAUAUUACAUAUGAAUACGAUUUGUAUUCAUACCACAUGUAACAUGUACCAUACAUAUCAUUACUACUGACUACGAGUACGAACAUUUACCUCCCCGCCCGGGUUUAACUAUGCCGGUAAGGUACGGUACUUCUACCGUAUGGUCUGGGCAUCCUUAGAAAAUARAAACCAUCACCAAAGGAAGAGCUAGGCAGAUGCCGAUAAGAGGUGUUCCUUGCGAGAAUAUAACAGGCAGAAARAGUGAUCCAGAGUAUAAGAAUUGAAAUGACGGUGGGCACUGAUGCAAAAACAACAUCAUCAUCAUCAUCAACAACAACAAUGACGACGACGGGGAAACGCAAAGAACCUCCACUGCCUUCCCCGGCACCGAGAACAUAUCAUUCRCCUCCAAAUUCGGUUGUAGACACCGCUUUCAAAAGGUUGUUUGGUUAUUCCUGGGGAACGACCUUUGAUCUUUCUAACAGCAAAGUGAAKCAAUCACCUUCUGUAGAACGCCAAAUGGUUCAAAUAUUUGGCACGGCUCGAACGGCGCGGAUACUCAAUCUCCCCUGGGAGGUGGUAGCCCCCCUUUCUUGCGAUCCAAAACCCAUUUUAAAAGAUUCCUACAAUCCGGCUGCCAUUCUGACCACCAAAAUUGUCACCUCCGAUACCGCAUCGAUYUCCAUGCCCGUGUCGUCCCCCGCUGCUGCUGCUGCUCCAGCAAGCCAAUCGAACAAGAGGAUACGGUUGGAAAAAACAGACUACGAGAAGAUUGCACUGCCGUCUCACAUGCUGCCGUCGUCGUCGGUCGCCGUUGCCUCGGCUCCUCCGGCCGCGGCGCCGGCCACCAGUGCGGACACGAGUCGARCCACCAGCAACAUCGACAGCGUCCUGAGUCAGAUCGCGGGCAAGAAGCAACUCAACACGGUCGAAAAGUCCAGCAACGACUGGGAGGGCUUCAAAGAAACCGAUAAGACCCUCCAGGACGAGCUGGAGCGGCAAGCCCAGGGAAAGAACGCCUAUCUUGUCAAGCAAGAUUUUCUCAACCGGGUCGACCAGCGCACCUUCGAACUGGAGAARGAGGGACGAGACCGGGAGCGCUCCCGACGAGCAGCMGAGAGCAARUAGAUGAAGUUAUUGCAAGAGGUUAAAGGGUUGUCUGGGAAAGCAUUUCAAAAUUAUUAGAUUCGAGAACUGUCCAAAGUCUAUCAARACUUCGUAUAUAGAGAAAAUUCGAGCCAAACCAUCUCGCKUGUCAAGUUCUCAGUU